UUAAAACCAAAUUGUUACAAAAUAUGUUGACAGAUUUGCAAAAAGAAGCUUUGGACAGGAUAUCCGAGGGCCAUAGCUUGGUGUUGACUGGUCAGGCAGGCACGGGGGAAAGUUUUUUAUUGAAGCGCGCAGUUCAUUUACUAAAGCAGAUGAAAAAAUGUGUGUCGUUGUUAUGUACUACUGGAAUUGGUUGCCUGCAAUACACAGAUCUGAAUGCAACAACUGUACACAGUUGGGCUGGUUUACAAGAUGGCCGUUAUGACAACUUGACUUUAAAGAGGCUAGUUCUGGAAGAUGAUAGAAUGGCGAACGUUAGAAGAAAUGUUGAAAAAACAGAAGCUAUUUUUAUCGAUGAAGUCUCAAUGCUAUCCAGAAAGGAUUUUGAACAGCUGGAACUGGUAUGCAGAACUGUGUCAAAUAAUGACAUUUAUUUUGGAGGUCUUCAAGUAGUAGCAUGUGGUGAUUUUUAUCAACUGCUUCCAGUUCCAAAUACACUUUAUGGUGAUUUAGGACAGUUUUGCUUUGAAAGCAUCAUCUGAAAGUCAUUUUUCAAACAU